GUGCAGCCAGACUCUGUAGCCCAGUCUCUCUUCCACAUCUCAUCACCACCUCUUUCCACCGUGGACAGCAGAGAUGCUUCCACUUUGCUUCUACUGAGAGAGUUUGUGAAUGGACAGAAAGGAAUGGCAAACCCAAGUCAAGAGCCUUGAUCCAGAGCGUGGCUGAAGUUGGGUCAGGGAUGCUGUGAGACCCUCCUCAUCCCACUCCUCCACCUGGCAGCUCUCAGGCUCCCCCUCCUUCUUCUAAGCAGAAAGACUGACCUUGAGGGAGCUGCAGGCCCAGCAGCACCACCAUGGCCUCUGCCGCCUCCGUGACCACCUUGGCUGAUGAGGUCAACUGCCCCAUCUGCCAGGGCACCCUGAGGGAGCCGGUCACCAUCGACUGCGGCCACAACUUCUGCCGCAGCUGCGUCACUCGCUACUGUGAGACUCUGGGCCUAGAGUCUGAGGACUCCCUCUCCUGCCCGCUCUGCAAAGAACCUUUCCGACCGGGGAACUUCCGACCUAACUGGCAGCUGGCCAGUGUGGUAGAAAACAUCGAGCGCCUCAAGCUAGUAUCUGCGCAGGGCACGGAGGAGGAGCACGCGUGCCAGGAGCACGGGGAGAAGAUCUAUUUCUUCUGUGAGGAUGACGAGGCGCAGCUGUGCGUGGUGUGUCACGCAGCUGCGGAGCACAGGAAUCACACCGUGCGCUUUCUGGAGGAUGCGGCAGGGCCCUACAGGGAACAAAUACAGAAAUGUCUGAAGUGUUUAAGAAGAGAGAGAGAAGAAAUCCAGGAAGUCCAAUCAAGAGAGAAUAAGAGGAUCCAAGUCCUGCUGACACAGGUGGCCACCAAGAGGCAGCAGGUGGUUUCUGAGUUUGCGCAUCUGCGCCAGUUCCUGGAGGAGCAGCAGAGUGUCCUCCUGACACAGCUGGAGAAGCUGGAUGGGGACAUCUUGAAGCAACAGGAUGAGUUUGAUUUCCUGGUCACCGGGGAGAUCUGCCGGUUCAGCGCUCUGAUAGAAGAGCUGGAGGAGAAGAACGCGAGGCCAGCCAAGGAGCUCCUGAAGGAUAUCAGAAGCACACUAAUAAGAUGUGAAACCAGAAAGUGCCGGAAACCAGAGGCUGUGUCCCCUGAGCUGGGACAAAGGAUCCGGGACUUCCCCCAGCAGGCUGUCCCACUGCAGAGAGAGAUGAAGAUGUUUCUGGAAAAGCUCCGCUUUGAGUUGGACUAUGAGCCAGCUCACCUGUCUCUAGAUCCCCUGACGUCCCACCCCAAGCUCCUCCUAUCCGAGGAUCAGCAGCGGGCCAGGUUCUCCUACAAGUGGCAGAGCUCUCCGGACAAUCUCCAGCGUUUUGACCGGGCCACCUGUGUGCUGGCCUAUGAGGGUUUCACGGGGGGGAGACACACGUGGGUGGUGAGUGUGGACUUGGCCCACGGGGGCAGCUGCACUGUGGGUGUGGUCAGCGAGGACGUGCAGAGGAAGGGAGAGCUUCGGUUGCGGCCAGAGGAGGGGGUGUGGGCAGUGAGGCUGGCCUGGGGCUUCGUCUCGGCUCUGGGCUCCUUCCCUACCCGCCUGGCCCUGGAGGAACAGCCCCAGCAGGUGCGGGUGUCACUUGACUAUGAGGUGGGCUGGGUGACCUUUGCCAAUGCUGUCACCCGGGAACACAUCUACACCUUCACAGCCUCCUUUGCACGGAAGGUCUUUCCCUUUUUUGGACUCUGGGGCCGAGGGUCCAGCUUCUCCUUGAUCUCCUGAGUGGGAAUUGUUGGCCUCCUCUAAGUACAGGAUUCAAAUCAAGGACUGUGUGGACUUGACCCCUGGUUGGGUCUCCUGGAAGACUUGAAAUAGAAAUGGCUGCUUUAGUUGAAGUGCUGGGGUCCAUUUGUAAGGCACAAGGUGAGAUGAUCCCCUACCUGUCCAUCAAAUCUUUUCCCCAGUGCCCAGCCGAUGGAAUGAGUAGGGUCCUUGGCGACUCAGGCUGCUGCCAGCUCUUGGUCACACCACCCCCAAUAGGCACAAACAGAGCUGUGUGGAGGAAAGAGGAUUGGAUUCAGAGCUAGAAGAUCCUGAGUCUAGACCUAUUCUUGCAAGCAGUCAAUUGUAUGAUUUUGAAGUCCGGCACCUCACCACCCUUCAACUUAUUGUCUUCCAAAAUUAUUAGUGUGUAUUCAUUCAUACAUCAAGGAAAAUUAUUGUGCACCAAUUAUAGUCUAAGUGUUGUGGCAGCCAUUGAUGACUUGGAAAUAGGACAAAAAACAAACAAACGACAACAACAACAA